GUGUUUUUCGCCCCGAUGUUUUGCGACGGGCAGCAAUUUUGCGAGUGGUUUAUUCAGCGAGAAAAGUAAAUAGAAUCGUGUUUUACUACUAGCUUAAGUGAAGCAGGGCACCAUCGAUUGGAUACACACCGCCGAGCGUUAUUUGCGUAUCCGUGCGAACAGUAAUUUCCAUCAUUGGCCAUCAUUUGCCGGAACCCUCUCUCCCCAUAUCGCUCAGUGCCGAUUGUGGACGGAUGCGAUGUGUCAGUGAUCUGCGUUCUCCGUUGCGCUAGGCCUUCUGAUGCUACCAAAACAAAUCUUUCCGUCGUGGUUGUUCCGGUCCCAUCGGCAAUAGCUAGCAUAUGCGGUGCAUCAUCCCCGCAGGCCACACCAUUGAACGCAGCGUCAGCCAUUGGGCAGUAAAGUAGUUCCGUGCGAAACAGCACCAAGAUGAGGUCGUCCUAUCGAACGGUGGGGUUGUGGUACGUGGUGGCGAUGAUUGUCUCACUGCAUGUCACCUACGUCGCGGCAGAUGAGCAUAAUCAUAUGUAUGAAGACCAUGAGGAGGUUGUGCUAUGGAUGAACACCGUUGGCCCAUACCACAAUCGGCAGGAGACGUACGCAUAUUUCUCACUCCCAUUCUGUGUCGGUGCCAAACAAUCGAUCAAUCACUAUCAUGAAACCAUGAGUGAGGCACUCCAGGGAGUUGAGCUGGAGUUCAGUGGAUAUGACAUCGAUUUUAAAGAUGACAUCAGUCCAACGGAGAUCUGCAUGGUUGAUCUAUCCGAGGAGAAGCACAAAGCGUUCGUGUACGCGGUGAAGAACCAGUACUGGUAUCAAAUGUAUAUCGAUGAUCUGCCAAUAUGGGGUGUGGUGGGAAAGGAGGAGGAAAAGAAGUACUACAUCUACACACACAAAAAGUUUGAUAUCAGCUACAAUGGCAAACAGAUCGUGGACGUUACGCUGACACCGGAGCGGAAGGAACUGCUCCGGGUGGGGGCAAAGAUCAAGUUCACGUACGAAGUGAACUGGAAGCCAAGCUCGGUAAAGUUCGAGGAUCGGUUCGACAAGUAUCUGGACCCGAACUUUUUCCAGCACCGCAUCCAUUGGUUUAGCAUCUUCAACAGCUUUAUGAUGGUGAUAUUCCUGGUGGGGCUUGUGUCAAUGAUUUUGAUGCGUACGCUGCGCAAAGAUUACGCUCGUUACAGCAAGGAUGAGGAGGCUGACGAUAUGGAACGCGAUCUGGGCGAUGAGUAUGGAUGGAAACAGAUACAUGGUGACGUAUUCCGACCAGCAUCGAAUGUGAUGCUCUUUUCUGCCUUAAUCGGUGCCGGCUAUCAACUCACCUCGGUUGUGUUGUGUGUGAUCACGUUCGCAAUACUGGGUGAACUUUAUACGGAGCGUGGUUCGAUGCUGUCGACGACAAUUUUUGUAUAUGCGGCAACGUCCCCUAUUAAUGGAUACUUCGGUGGAUCUCUGUACGCGCGAAUGGGUGGCAAGCAGUGGAUAAAACAGAUGCUAAUGUCAGCGUUCAUUGUGCCGGCCCUUGUAUGUGGAACUGCGUUCUUCAUCAACUUUAUUGCAAUCUACUACCAUGCCUCGCGAGCAAUUCCCUUUGGAACAAUGGUGGCCGUAACAUGUAUCUGUAUAUUCGUCAUUCUACCGCUGACACUGAUCGGAACAAUUGUUGGACGCAAUCUGGACGGCCAACCAGACUACCCGUGCCGCGUGAAUGCUGUUCCGCGUCCAAUACCCGAAAAGAAAUGGUUUAUGGAACCGGCUGUGAUUAUACUUCUGGGUGGAGUGUUACCAUUCGGGUCGAUAUUUAUCGAAAUGUACUUCAUCUUCACUUCUUUUUGGGCGUACAAAAUCUACUACGUGUACGGUUUCAUGCUGCUGGUGUUCCUGAUCCUCAUCAUCGUAACCGUUUGUGUGACGAUCGUGUGCACCUAUUUCCUUCUAAAUGCGGAAGAUUAUCGAUGGCAGUGGACUAGCUUUAUGUCAGCAGCAUCCACCUCGAUAUAUGUGUAUAUGUAUUCGUUCUAUUACUUCUUCUUCAAAACGAAGAUGUACGGACUAUUCCAAACAGCGUUCUAUUUCGGCUACAUGGCUCUGUUUUCCGGUGCGCUAGGUAUCAUCUGCGGGACGGUAGGGCACUUCGGUACAAAUCUCUUUGUUCGGAAGAUAUAUUCCAAUGUCAAGAUUGACUAAGCAAAUCUUUCCUUUUGCUUCACAUCGGUGCACAACACACGCACACACCGAUCGCUGUGAGCAACUUGAACCGGCGUGCACUGUAUAAGGGGGUGUGACAUUCGUGUCGAUCGGCAAUUCGAUACCGUUCUGCUGAUGCCUCUACUGAUUUAUAUGGAUUAACAAGAACAGAAAAAAAAGAACGCAAUGCGCUGGAUGUUAUGAACUAAACACCUUUGAUAAUCUUUAGUAAUCCGUGCUUUAGUUUAAUGUUCUACCUUUAAUGUAUCAACCGUCACGAUGUACUGUCAGGGUGGAACAGGAAGGAAUAUAUAUAUAUAUGUGUGUGUGUAUUGUGCAAAACAGGUGUUACUUGAGACUAUUUGAGGGAGACGCUUAAGAUUUUGAUGGUAAUUGGACAAUGUGUCGAGUUUGUACGAGAUCAAACCAGAAAAAGGAUGUUCAGCAGGAAGAGCAAAACAAGGGGCAGCAUUUGUAACCGGAUGUUUAAUUGUAUUUCGUGCUAAGUGUCAUGAGACAGAACGGGAUACGGUAAGCAAAUAUGUAAUCUUAAUUGAAUAGCAAUCAGUUGUGUCAGAGAGAGAGAGAGAGAGAGGGGUUUGAUACGGAAGCAGCAACCGUGUAGGUACUGAACCAGUUUAACUUGAAAUCCCGUACCGCGAGAUGCGCUACCGUAUCGCGAUCCAGCAGGAUUAAGCACACUUCUUAUUUAUAGAUCCUACACGGCAAAUUGUUGCAUGCAACAUGACUGGCACAAGGUACACGCGCGAGGUUUGUGCUGACUAGUUUCGUUUGAUUUGGUGUAUUUGUUUCCGGUUUUGGUAUUGGUUUUGAAAGUUAAGCCCUUGUAAGAGGAGUAUUUUACGUUGCCUUACUCAGCGUAAUUCCUACGGAAAGUUCCGUGCAAAAUGGGCGCAUGAGUUUGACUGUAGUUGCAACCGCUCGGGCGGAAGGCGAAAUCGUACGGCGGCUGUGUACGAGUAACAAACAAACCCAACAAUAACACCAUCUCUUACCACCUGCAAUGGAGUUGGAGUACGUUCCAGUAUCGCAGUAUGUAAACUACUUUUUUUUUUGUUUUUAUUUUGAGCGAGGAUUGAUAGCUUACUGAAAAUAGAACUGAAAAUGAAUUCGAUAGAAGGUGAAAUCCUCCGUAAACCAAA